AUGGACUGGGACGACUUCCAUCGACGCGCCAAGCGUGUUGUGCCACAACAGGAGCUCAAAGCACGCCGGUGCUGGAUUGGUGUGCUCGAUCACCGCAAGUCUACGCAGGAUGACUUCAAGGAAACCGAUUUCUUAUGGAUGAUAGGCCACAAUAAAAUUCCUAUCAAUAAGAUUCAGGAUACUUACGAGAAACGGCAUGAUCUUAUCGGUGUUCGCAUUAGUUACAAAGGCUGUGUCGUCGACCAAAGCGAUAUCGUCAAGUCAUUCUUAGUGCCGGAAGACUGUGUCGUGGUCUUUAAUGCCGUAGACCCGCUCAACGCAACGGUACAACAUCAAACACUAGACCCUCCAUCGCUCAGGGAAGAGCUCAUUCAAGCCGAGAUCCCGCGUCGGCACCAGGAGAUUGAGUCUGGUCACGAUGCUAAACAAACAGCAAACAACCAUCUUUGCUUCGCCGUUGACAUCGAGGCAUACCAGUACUUUGAGUAG